GAUUACACUCACUCUCACUCCCCCUUCCACUAUUAUACACGCGCGCUCACUCAACCCUACUCUUCUCUCCCAAGGAAAGUAAAGUUCUUUGCGACCCCAAAACGCAAUCUUCAUCAAUCUGAAUCAUUAAUCCUUCUUAUUCUCUCUCUCUCUCUGUACUUCAAUUAAUGAUCGUCAGUCAAUAAUGGCUCGUCUCCUUCUCUCUGCCACCUUCCUAUCUCUCCUUUCUCUCUCUUCACUCUCAGGUAAAUUAUCUUCAUUCUUCUCCAUCGUACUUAACUUCAUCCUAUCUUUAAUUUUCUCGAUUACCGUUAACCCAUCUAUUCUUUAUCUCCGCACAGAAGUUGCGCCGGUUUCUUUCAAGCUCAUCAACAGGUGUCGCCAGACUAUUUGGCCCGGUUUUCUUUCCGGAGCCAACUCCGACCAAUUCCCCACAACCGGCUUCACUCUCCAACCCGGUAAGUCUCGGACCGUCACGAUACCCAAGUCCUGGUCGGGUCGGCUCUGGGCGCGGACUGCCUGCUAUCGAGAUCGCAAUUCGGGGAGAUUCACUUGCGUGACGGCAGAUUGUGGGUCCGGGAGCGUGGAAUGCGAAGGCGCCGGCGCGAAGCCUCCUGCCACGCUGGCGGAGUUCACUCUAAACGGCGCCGGAGGACUAGACUUCUAUGACGUCAGCUUGGUAGACGGGUACAACCUGCCGAUGCUGGUUUUGCCAAAGAAAAGUACAACCGGUGGAUGCGGCGCGACGGGGUGUCUCGUGGACUUGAACGGCGCGUGCCCCGCGGAGCUGAAGGUCGUUAGUGGAAAUCACUCCAGGAGCGUGGCGUGCAGGAGCGCGUGUGAGGCGUUCGGAGACCCAAGAUACUGCUGCAGCGAGGCGUACGCCACGCCCGACACGUGUCCGCCGUCUCCUUACUCGCUGUUCUUCAAACACGCGUGCCCCCGCGCUUAUAGCUACGCGUACGACGAUAAAACGAGCACGUACACGUGCGCCACCGGAGCCGACUAUGUUAUUAUAUUUUGUCCCCCUCCUUAUACGAGCCAGAAGUUAUUAGGAUCAAGAAAAGAUGGAGCAUUGCUUCCUCUUGUGAAUAUGAGUACGAUACACCUAUCAAGCCGCCAUGCCAAUGAAGCUUCAGUUUCAGGUCUGCUCCAAUUACAACUUAUAGCAUCUUUUCUUACCACAAUUUGGCUCUUCCACCCACCUGAAUUACCUUUAUGACUCACUAACAUUUCCCAGCCAGGAAUAUAGUACUGUGAAGAUCAAGCUCAGAGUUUGCUCUCUUGGUCGUCGUCCUCCUUGACGCUGUUUCCAGCUCUCUCUUUCUAUUUCUAGCGACAUUUACACGAAUCCAGCUGUUAAAAGUUGCGGAUUGGCUAAAUCUGUGUGUAAUAUUGUUGAAUACCACAUGUAAUUUUGUACAUUCCUUCCUUCUUCUACUUGUGUAUACUUAGUUUUGUUUCAUCAUCAUAUUGAAUUCUUUUUCAAGCAUUCAAUAUAAAUGUAUUGGCAGUCACUGUUUACCAUGGCA